UUUUGCGCAUGCGCAGGAGGGCGCAAGUUGUGUUGGAGGCUUGGGCCUGAGCUGCAUUUUAGCUCAUUAUCUUUGGAACAAAAUAAAGCGGGAGGAGGAAGUGGCGGCGGGGUUACGUGUUCCGUCGGACGUUCCCGUGUUAUGGGGCCCUGGUUGGAUUCGGGCUGGAGUCUCUGUUCGGUCGGUGGGGCCUAAAGCGUGUGCCCGUGGGAGGGAUAUGAUCUAUUGAGGGAAGAAGCCGGCGCUUCAGACCCCCAGGAGAGUCCGGGGAGCGACGCUACAAUGGCUCAGGAGAAAAUGGAGCUGGAGCUGGAAAUGCCGGGGCCCCCGAGUGAUGGGAAUCUGAGGAGGUCCAAUAGCGCCCCUCUAAUCAAUGGACUCAGUGACAAUUCACAGGUGUUUCAGACAGAUGUUAUAAGAGCCCGUCGGAACAGUGCCACAGUGGUGAAUCGACAGAGUCUGGUUGUGCCAUCGUCGCCAAUACGUAUCUCAAGCAGCCGCCUUCACCAGAUUAAACAGGAAGAGGGAGUGGACCUUAUGAUCAACAGAGAGACCGCUCACGAAAGGGAAGUGCAAGUGGCAAUGCAAAUGAGCCAAUCCUGGGAGGAAAGCCUAAGUCUGAGUGACAAUGAUCUUGACAAAUCAUCUUCUCCAAAGAGAAUUGAUUUUGUUCCAGUGUCUCCAGCUCCUUCUCCCACAAGAGGAAUUGGAAAGCAAUGCUUUUCGCCAUCGUUACAAAUACUUGUCAGCAGCAAGGGAUUGCCACCCAGCCCUACCCCUAGCCCAACAAGGCGGUUUACAACCAGGAGAAGUCAAAGUCCAAUAAAUUGCAUUCGACCCAGCUCACUUGGACCUCUUAAAAGGAAAGGAGAAAUGGAGAUUGAAAGUCAGCCAAAACGCCUUUUCCAAGGAACUACAAACAUGCUGUCUCCAGAUGUCUCACACUUAUCAGAUCUAAGCUCUUGUCUUUCCUCUGAAAAUCUGGAUGGAAGCAGCAGCAGUCUAGAUUCUUCCUGCGACUCUCCUGCUAAAAACAUUGUUCCUGAAUCUCCUCCUUCCAACUCAUUCUUCAUGCCAGUGGAUCGACACUCGCCUAAGUGAUAUUUCGGCUUAAGGCUGUGGACUUGCCCCACUUAUUUAACCCAUCUAUUGCAAAGAAAAGGACAUUUCUGUUCGGUUUUAACGUCUUGUGUAUUAUAUAUUCUGUGACUCUCUGGCGCUUGAUCAACAUGGAUCCUUGGAAAUGAACUUAAACGGUUUAUAGAGAGCCACCGAUUGGCUUUGCCUGCCUUUGGGAGAACUUAAUCUCUGCACGACAUGAAUUGCUCAAAUUUUCUGUGGUAAAGUUAGAUGCUUCAACUGAACUAUUAUUUUUUUAAGAGAUUUUACAAAUGUGUUUUGUGUUAAAAUAGCUGACAUGCUGUUCUUAAGCUGCUGACAACCUUUUUGUCCCCUGACACUAAAACAAAGACCUAUUUAUUUAAGGGGAUAAUGACUGAAACGUUGUAAUACUGUAAAAUAUAUUACUACUGUUGGAUCCUCUAAUGGAACCUUGUAUUUUACUAUUUGUAUCAUUUAAACCUCUCAAUGUUGUGAUCUCUAUAAAGAUUUUUUUUUUAAAUUG